CUUCUGGGAUUCCCCGGAAAUUUAGAAAGAUUAAAAAUUUCAUUCAGUUUGUGCCUCCAUUUGGAAUAUUUUCAAAAUUUGAAAGUAAUUAAAGUUGCCGAUCCAAUGAAUGGAUUUCAUAUCCUUUCUCUGAUAUUCCUAUUUUCGAUAUGCACUUUAAUCUGGAAAGUUCAAGGCGAUUGCCCCAUAGCCCAGUACAUGGUAGAGCAAUCGAAUCGCAUCUUCACCUACCGCGAUCCCAGCGGAUCUCUGCAACUGCAGCGCAAGGAAACUGUUCCAUCAGGUGUUACUCUCCUGAUGUACUGUAAUCCCUCGGAUAUGGUGGAAACUCUGUGUCAGGACAAUGGACAGUUUUCAGUUCCGCUGCCCAUGAUGUGUGGCAAUCCAAUGCAACCGAUGGCCACGCGAAUCCGGGAUGGCGAAUGUUCGGGUACCCUGUAUUCCAUAGGUUAUACGAUAGAUGGGAAGAAUCUGGAGCUAUAUCGAACCUGCUUUGAUGUUGGACAAGGAAGGGUUGUGUACUCGCAGAGUGAUGUCUACUUCAAGACAUUUUUUCCCAAGCGUCCGUUCGUGGACUUUGUGACCGAUGAGAUGUUCAGUCCCCAGGAAGCUGCCGCCUAUAUGAAGUCCAAUAUAUACUUUGCCUUCAAAUGCAUUUAUGGUGAUGACCAAUCCUACUUGCGAAGUCCCAACGACCUGGUUAUAAAUCGAGGACAUAUGGUGGCAUCGGCUGACUUCCUUUUUGUGGACCAAAUGGGUAGUACCUUCCGGUAUCUCAAUGUGGUGCCGCAAUUCAAGUCCAUAAACGAUGGAAACUGGGAGAAAAUCGAAAGGUGGGUGCGCAGUCAGAUCCCUCAGUCGAGUUAUUUUCGCAUCAAGACCGGUGGUAUUGGCAUCCUGGCAUUACCAGAUGCCAGAGGCUUUUCACAGUCAGCUUUCCUCGCCGGCUCCAAGAUACCAGUGCCCGAGUGGACCUACAAAGUAGUGCGGGAUGCUAGUGGUAAUGGGCUUUACGUCUUCGUUACCUAUAAUAAUACCUUCCGGCGUGAGAGGCCACAAUGCCUGGAUAUUUGCCAUCAAGUUAAUUGCCCUUUUGGUCUGCCGAAUAGCCCUGAUGAUGGUUUUACCUUCUGUUGCGAUCCCAGCCAGUUCCCAUUCUAAUAAAGGAAACAUUCCAUUCAUAUUUCAUCGAAGGACUAUGCCAAAUUAUCCUGCGUAAUAAUCGUCGGGUGAAUAAUUUAGUAUUUUUAUUUAACAGACGCACAUAAGCUGAAAAUCCUAAGGACUAAGGACAUGCACUGAGAAAAAAACAUUUUUUAAUAAAUGAUUACAAAUAUUUUCCAAU